GUAAUAUCCACCCGAUAAUAAUAUAACUAACUCUCUCUCUCUCUCUCUCUCUCACACACACACACACACACACAUUGCAUUUCAUUUCUUCACGGUGCUUCAAACUCAUCUCCAUGGCCACUUCUUUCGCACCAUUAUCCAUUUCGGCAGCAGGUGGAUCUCAUCUGAAGUCACCGGAGCUGUUUUUAACAAAGCGUAAUUCAUCUGUGGUUGGAUCUAAGCUUGCUGUUCAAAGGAAAUCAAACCUUGUAACCAGGAGAAGGAACCUUACUUCACCUGUUCGCGCCGAAUAUAGUGAUAGCAGAGGAGGUGGAGGUGGGGAUUUUGUUGCUGGAUUUCUUCUGGGUGGUGCUGUUUUCGGAACUCUGGCCUAUGUUUUUGCUCCCCAGAUCAGAAGAUCUCUCCUAAAUGAAAAUGAAUAUGGGUUUCGGAAGGCCAGAAGACCAAUCUAUUACGACGAAGGGCUAGAGGGGACCAGGCAGACCUUGAACGAAAAGAUAGGGCAACUAAAUUCUGCCAUUGAUAAUAUAUCUUCACGGCUGAGAGGUAAGAAUAAUGUGCCUGCUGCCCCUAUAGAAAGUGAUCCUGAAGUUGAAGCUACCAUGUGAAGCACUUCCAGUUUGAUUUAGUUGUCAACUAUUCUUUGAAGCAGUGGAAAAACUUUGAAAAUUGGAUAUAUGUUUUUAGACGGUACUAUGAAGGGUAAAAAGUAUUGGUGUUUUCAAUCAUGGAGGAAUUUUUUUUCUUUCUAUGGUUAAAGCUAGUUUCUUAGCUUUAGCCUGUUUCUUAUUUGAUGACUGUGGUACCGGGCCAGUUUUAGCCCGUUUGGUCUUUUUUCAAUUCAAUUAAAUCUCCAUUUUUGAAAAU